CGACAUGUGAAAUUUCAACCACCUUCUCGGCUAUUCAUCUUCUGGCGAAUGUCCUUCACCCAAUCCCCGCCCCCAUCUUAAAUAAUCCAACCAACCCCAAGAACACACCCUCCAUUGAAGGGACUCCAUAUAUACACAGAGAGAGAGGAAUUGAAGGCGAAGGGAAGAUGGAAAGCAAACCCACCAUCGUGGCUCCUCUGCUUUUCAGAAACUUGUUGACAUCUCUCUUCAUCUUUGCAGACAAAUCCUUUCUCAGCCUCGCCCACAAGUACAAGAUCCUCCAGAUCCUCCGCUACCUCCUCAUCUCCGCCUUCCUCCUCCUCCUCCGUUUCCUCCCUUAUCUGGACGCCUCUUUAGAUACCUAUGAUCAAUAUCAGGAUCACAAGGCCCCCAAAUCUAAUAAUUACGCGUCCUCCGCCCCUACCGGCGGCGCCGGAGAUUCGGGGAUCGGCCGAGCACUUUCCCAGUUGCUCUCGAUUGUCAACAACAUACCGGUGAGUUCGCGUAAGUACGAAGUCGUUCGGUCUUUAGCGGAGAGGCUUAUCGAUGAGAACCUUAUGGAGAAUUCCGAGUCUUUGAGGGAGGUCAAUUGUACGGUCCUCUCGGCGGCCUUCUCACGGGCGUUGGGUCAGCUUCAGGCCGCCGUGACGGACCGGGAUAGUGGCGUUCAGGUUGGAGACGAGCCGAGUGGCUCCCGGGAACCGGGGGAUAAGGUGAACCGGGUUUUGAGGGCGGUUCGGUACUAUGGGGACGCGGCGUUGUCCCGGUUCGGGAGGGGGAGGUCGGGGCCGAGCCCGGCGGGGAGUUCGGCGGAGAAGCUUGCUGCAGAGGUGCUAUGGCUGGCGCAGAAGAUGGCGACUUGCGGGUGUGUGGAGGAGGCCGUGUGCAAGUGGGCGUCGGCUACCCACUUGGCUUGGCUCUCCCUCUCGGCCGAGCCGCGACUCCAGGGGUCUCUCGUGAAGGUAUCAGCAUUCUUGUUCAAGCAAGCCAAGGGCAUGGGACUAAAGGAGGAAGAGAAGGGCAAGAAAGAGCAGCACAGGCGAACGAAGAUGAAAAUGCUGCUGUCAUGGCUGCCAUUACUAUGCCGAGCCAGCAAUGGCACGGACGCUCCGGUGCUGAGCAUCGGCGAGCGAGCGGAGCUGGAGAGGAUUCUGGAGCAGACCAUAGAGAUGUUGGAACAGGAGGAAGAGCAAGAGAAGGUGCUGUCUCUUUGGCUGGACCACUUCACUCACUGCCCCACCUCCGAUUGGCCCAACCUCCAUGCUUCCUACUCCCGCUGGUGCACUGCAUCUCGCAAGACCUUUCUGAAAUCUUAA